GACCUGCCUAUCUCCGCAGGAUGUCGGUGUGUGCCGAAGCAGCCGGCAUGCGCUGCUAGUUUCUGCCUCGUGGGAAGUUAGGGGGUGGUGAGGGGAGAAGAGGGGCGAGAAAGAAGAUAAAUAUCGCACCUCGCUGCCCCUCCUCCGGCAGGAAAAGAUAGGAACUGGAAUCUGAAGAUCCAGAACGAAGCUGGGCGAAGAGCAGCGGCAGACACUGAACGCAAACAAAGAUGAAGUUGAGCGUGGCUACGAUCUCAGCUUUGGCUACUCUGGCCACCGCGGUUCCCCACAGGCGGAACAGUGCACAGUGGAAUCAAGUUCGCUCCAAUAUCAAACAUGUUAUCUAUCUGAUGUUGGAGAACCACUCCUUCGACAACAUUGCGGGCUACUGGGACUUUCACCCGGACAUUGACAACUUGCGCAACAUCGACUACUGCAACGAGUACACGAACCCCAACUGGACGGUCUGGGGUGAACCUCUGAACGUCUGCGCGGCGCCAUUUGAGACCGAGGUACCCCUGACUGACCCGGAUCACAAUUUCGCGGGUGUCACCUACGAGAUCUUCCGCAAGUGGAACGUCACCAAGGAUGAUGUUCCCAACAUGGGUGGAUUCAUUGAACGUCAGUCGGAGAAGUACAGUGCUACGCCCGGUGAAUCCAGCUUCGUCAUCAAGGCGUACGACCAGAAGAAAACGGCGACUCUGGCGGAAGUUGCCCAGAACUUCGCCUUCUGGGAUAGCUAUCACGCGGAGCACCCCGGUCCUACCAACCCCAACCGUCAGUUUGCUACUUCGGGCUCCACCUGUGGUAUGGUGGAUAACACUUACCAAUCUGCUGGAUGGUAUGCCAACUACACGGGUACCACGUGUGCCACCUCGAUCUUCGAGUCGCUCAGUCAGAAGAACAUCACAUGGAAGAACUACUAUGAGACCGACAUUGUCGAUGCUUUCAUGUACAAGUGGGUGCAAGACAAUGCCAUGGACCGCCUGGUUCACUCCGACCAAUUCUACCGUGACCUUGAGGAGGGCACUCUCCCGCAGUUCUCCUACUACAACCCGGAGUGCUGCACCAUCGACUCCAUGCACCCAACCAGCAACAUGGCCUCGGGCGAGCAGCUGAUCAAGCAUCUGUACGAUGCGGUGCGCAGGUCGAAGUACUGGGACAAUGUUCUGAUUGUCCUCAACUUCGACGAACACGGUGGUUUCGCCGACCACGUCCCCACCCCUGUCAAUAUUCCCCAGCCCGAGGAUGGCAUUACUUUCUCCGGCGUGUCGGACGGCCACAACGUAACCUACGAUUACACUCGAUUGGGUGUUCGUGUCCCCGCGUUCCUCAUCUCCCCUUGGGUCCCCGCCAACCACCUGAUCCACGACCAAGGGACAAGCUACGCCAACAACUCGGCGUACACCCACACCUCGAUCCUGCACUUCCUGCAGGAGCUGUGGAACCUGGACGGGCUCAACAACCGGGUGCAGUGGGCCAAGACCUUCGAGUACCUCUUCACCGACACCAAGCGGGAGGAUACCCCGGAGAAGCUGACGACGCCGACCUGGUACGGGGGCAGCAACGAGCCCAAGCCGGACCCGUUCUACAAGUUGAACCAGGAUUACGACUAUUAUGAGAAUAUGUAAAUACGAGCCGCGGGAUGACGGCCAAAAAGACUACACGGCGGGUAUGAAUGAGGUUUAGAGCUAAUUCCAAACAAAUGUUCAUGUUAUCUUUGACUCAAUGUAUCAUAACGAUCAUAUCUCGUUAACGCCCUCGCACUCCUUUCGGGAGAGAAAGGGUAGCGAGGGUCAGCAUAAUGCAUACAUCAUCCACCCUUCCCUUAUACAAGGCAAGG